AUGAAGCCGGUACCGUCUGGCGAAGAGAAUUUUGUUCCGAAAAGAAGAUACGCUCCACCAAAACCACCACCAGCUACAAAAUCUAAAGUUGAGCCGGCCAGCCAGCCAACCGCUGGCCCUAGCGGCGAUUUGGAACCAUCGUUCGGGCAGUUUAUGAGAAUGAUAACGGAGCUCAUUAAGAAUGAAGCAAAGAAAGAACAUAAGUAG